CUGGUGAUGAUGAAGCCGGUGAAGUACUUCAAGGAUGAUGCAGCGCUGACGGCGGACACGGUGACGGCAGAGGUGGAGAUCAACGUCACAUCCUCCACCACCGUGAGGGAGGGGCUGGACCUGGUGGCCGUGCUCGACGUCAGCGGCAGCAUGAAAGGGGACAGGAUCGAGAGCCUGAAGAAAGCCAUGACGUUCGUGAUCAUGAAGCUCACCCCCGUGGACCGCCUCUCCAUCGUCACCUUCUCCGACGGCGCCACCAGGCUGAGCCCGCUGCGCUCCAUGACCCCGGCUGCCCAGAGCGACCUCAGGGCUCUCGUCACCGGCCUGCAGGCCAACGGUGGGACCAACAUCCAGGCAGGCCUCGAGACUGGGCUGGCUGUGAUCGCCGACCGCGUCAACACCAAGGCCCGCACGGCCAACGUCUUCCUCUUCUCCGGCGGGCAGCAAACCUCCGGCGACGCCAGGCAGGUCGACCCUGGCCAGGUGGCGAUCUAUACGUUCGGUCUUGGCAGGGAUACGGACCACCAGCUGAUGGGCGACAUCGCCAAGAAAUCGCCGGGCGGGACCUUCAGUUCCGUGCCUGACGGGUCGCGGGUGAGCCUCCCGUUCUCGCAGCUGCUAGCUGGCCUCCUCACCGUGGUCGCCCAGGAUGUGGAGCUCACCAUCACGCCCAAGAUGGAGUACGGCGACGUGGACACCAUAGUGGUGGCCCCUUGCGCCGAGUACAUGCUUGCCACCGAUGCCACCACCGGUGUGGUCACCAUCAAGUUCGGCACCCUCUUCGCCGGAGAAGGACGCAGGGUCGUGAUGACCCUCGCGUUCAAGGACGUGAGCGCCACCUUCAGUGAGGAGUACGACGCACCCAUAGCCGACGCCGAGCUCAGCUUCGCCGCCCAGGGGAGGCCGCGAGACCGUCAAAUCCCGCAGGACAUCCAGAUAAAGCGCACCCCCACCCCAUCUCAGGCUCCUGGUGCGAGCAGCAGCAAAGCGCGGCAGGUGCAUGUUGAGGUUAUCAGGCAGGCGAGGGUGCUGGCGGGCGAUGGUCAGUUGGAGGACGCCCGGCGCAAGCUGGUGGAGGCACAGGAGGCGUUGGAGAUAAACAUCGUGCUGGAUCAUGAAGGUGAGAAGCUUGUGAACUCACUCCGAGAUCAGCUGCAGCAGCUGAUCAAGCUCAUGGAUACGGAGGAGACGUUCGAGGCGCGGCGCCGCCCCUACGCCCUUGCCUCCGAGACCUCCCACGGCCGUCGUCAGCGCUACGCCGCCAGGGGCAGCGAUGAAGACGGCGUCCGCCUCUUCGCCACGCCGCGCAUGGACACCUACCGCGAGCAAGCUAAGAAUUUCGAGGAGGAGGGCCGCGCCUACGCCCUUGCCUCCGAGACCUCCCACGGCCGUCAGCGCUACGCCGCCAGGGGCGGCGAUGAUGACGCCGUCCGCCUCUUCGCCACGCCGCGCAUGGACGCCUACCUCGAGCAAGCCAAGAAGUUUGAGAAGGACCCCACGGCGGCGGCGCCCUCCCCCGCCUCCGACGAGGAUUGAAGCAGGAGAUCAACGGCAACCCGCUCAGCAACGCCAUGGAUCACGCGCGCAUGCUCGUUUCCUUUCUUCAUGAAUUAUUUGCCAGCAUACAGAGUUACAGAUACGUGUCCAAUAAUAAGCAUGCUUCAAAGUGCACACCCCCGGUUUGAUUUCAUCCGUCUACCUUACUGUAUUGUGAUACGUCGUUAUUUACCAUUAUAUUGUACUUUCUUCUAAGUUGUAACAUGGUUGCUUGAAUAAUUGAAUUGAAGAUAAAAAGUCAUCGGUUGUGAUUAA